UUCAGGUCGCACCCGAUCCGGUCCGUUUGUAUUGCGAUUCUCUGCGUCCGAUGCCAACGCGCCUCACACACUGAACACACACACAUAGUGCUGGGUGGUGGUGGUGGUGGUGGUGGCUGGGGCAUCAUCAGCGAGUCGUAGACAUUGAUCAAACCGGGGGUGAAGUGAUCCGCAUUACCCUGCAUUCAAGUAAACCGCACCGAAAAGCAGCAUUUAAACAGCAACAGAAGCAACCUAUCUAAACCUCCAGCACAACUAAUCUCCGUGCGCCGCGCGCGUGGAACGCGUUUGUCCAAGGUUGUCUCCCUCCCAAGCCCCCGCCGAACAAACGCAACAACAAAAAAAAAAAACGCCAUUUUUCGACAGAGUUUAGCCCACGAUGGUGGUUUUCUCCAUCGGUCGUCGUCACACAAGACGGGAGCGACUACGAAACAUAGAAACGCUUUGAAAGUUGACUCACUGCGCACUGCACUGUGGACGACCCUGGUCGAUGGGUGUAGAAUGAAUCGCCUGCAAGAAAGGCUCAUCGCGCGCUCUGUCCCCGCUCGUUGUUUGUGCAUUAAUUUAUGCACUCAAUAACAAAAUCACACACACACACAAACACACGCAUCAUAUCCUCCAGAACCGAAGCACCGAAGCGCGGCCAUUGGCCGAAGGUUGAUCGUUUGGUGGGGUUGUGGAAUCGAUAUCGAAGCCGUUAGACGGACCACCGUCCGUGACCAUCGGCAGUAGCGAAUCGUAUGCAUGCUGCUCCAUGCACGGGCUUGUCAUUGGCACACCACACGAUGUGCGAUGUUCUUCGGAAGCAGUACGGGACGGUUGAAGAGGUCACAACUGGUUGCAAUGACUAACGCAAUGCUGCUGGAAGCGGUUUCCCUUCCAUCACACGAAACCGAUCGCACCGAAGCAGAAGGAUCACUCCCGAAACGUUAAUUGCAUUCAGCAGGAAGCGCGCAACACUCGGCGCACGGUAUGCGCUGUAGAGAUCAAACUUGAAAAGUGGACCGAUCAUCAGUAUCCGAGCACCGGUUUUUGUUUGUUUCGUCUCGUCGAGCCUAAGAGCUGUUGGUUUUAAGAGCAACGCGAAGAUACGCAGACACAUAAACACAUGCGCCACGAAUAAGGAACUGGUGCGAAACGCAAGCAACUGCGCGGCAAUAUGGAUACCAACGAAACGAUGUCGGUGGACAUCCUUGCGGAGGAAAACUUUACCACGACCGGCGACGAGUGUACCAACCAGUUGCCCACCGUGCAGGAAUAUCUUGAUGGCUUAACACUCCCAAUUGCCAUCAUAAUUGCCGCCACCGUGCUGCUGAGCAUUGGCACGUUUAGCAUCUUCUUCAAGAACGCCUAUCACAUCCUGCACCGGACGCCGAAACAGUUCAAAACCAAAUCCAUACUGCUGCUGACCAUCUAUCCGCUCAUCACUCUGUUCGGUGUGGUGUCUGUCGCCGUGCCGCGUGCCUUCUUCCUGUGCGAUACCGUGAUGCAUGUGUACUUCAUGAUCUGUGCUUACGUUUUCUUCAGCCUGUGCAUGCAGUAUGUGGACGGGGAAGAUGCACUUAUUAAAUCGACCGAUUCGCAAACCUUCUCCCUGCGCACCCCACCGCUGUGCUGCUUCGUGCCGCUAUUCAAACGAGCUCCCGUGACAAAAAAUCGGUUACGGUUCGUGCGUAUGCUUAUAAUGCAGCUGCCGGUCGUACAGACUGCUCUCUUUCUGGCCCUGAACGUAGUGUUUGUGGAGGAUUAUCCCAACUUUAAUCGCAUCAUCCUAUACUUUGUGCCAAUGAUCGUCAUCUCUAUUCUGCUCGGUGUGUGGGGAUUGAACAUUCUCGUGCGAAUGCUCGCUCCACUCUACUCCGACUUGAAGCUGAUGGGCAAAUAUUUCGUAUUGCAGGCGGUGCUUAUACUUUGCCGGAUACAGCCCCUCAUUAUAGCGGCCAUCGUUAGCAGCGGCAUUUCCGACUGUGCCUUUCCCAACACACUGCAGGUGCAGAAAAAUGCCAUUUUCCAACUUUGCCUGUGCUUUGAAAUGAUGGUACUAUCAUGCUGGGCCUCCCUGCUGUACAAAUCGCCCUCCAUCAUUGGACCAGGCUAGGCGUGAACGACAAACACCACAAAAAAUCCAGCAUCUCCUACACUUCAACACGAAUAGCACAGCUAGGCAAAGCUGAUCGUAAAUUUAUCUGUGUUUCAGUGUUUUAAAUGUGAUACCAUAAACCACCGUUAAUCACUGCCAGCCGGGGAAAGGCUUGGCAAGAUGUACUCGGGAGCAAGUUGGGCAAAAUCUCUGCCCGCAUUUCUCGCUACAUCUUCCCAAGCCGCACACGCUGCUGGUCAGGAUGAACUGGUGGUGUAUACUUCGAUGGAAAUCUUUAACAAAUACAAUUAAAUCGAACGAAUAGCAUUUCAA